UUCAGUCGCUUGUACGAGUCCCGUGUGUUCGGUCGGUUCGGUUGAUGUCCUCCGAAAGCCAGUGGAGUCGGUUCUCGUAGCACCCACCGUCUGUUCCGUGUGGCCCGCGAGGGUAGAAAGGAUACUGUGCAAAUUAUGGACUGUUGGCGCUGGUGGUCGCCGGUAGUGGAAAGGGGUUGAGGAUUGUCCUUUUUUUUUGUGCGCUCUCCUUUCCGCGGCAUAGUUGUUGUGCUUCUUCCAGGCUGUUGUGAUGUCACCGCUGGGACAUGGGUUCAGGUGACCCCUCGGGGGAUGACCCAAACCAGGAACGUGUGGUGGUUGGACCUGCAGAACACUGCCCAACCGAGGAGAGCAAGCAUUUAAUAAUUCAAAGUGCGCAAAAUGAAGAUUGAAGCAGAGAGCGAUUAGUCGUGAAGUAGAACAGCGCAAGGUCCCAGAAGUGUCUAGAAAUUAUGUGUCAGUGUUGAAUCAAUAGUGAUGGGAAAAUAUCCACCAACCAAGAAUCAUCGCAAGAAAGUGAAGGUGCUUCCACGUUAGCUGAUCACGUGACUGACACCCGUUUCGAAACCACCAGCGACGGUGUGGCAUGACUUAAUCUGCAUCAGACCGAACUAACAGCGUGUAAUCAGGAUUACAAUUUACACCGACACUGCUGCCGCUGCUGCCCCUGCUGGUCUCCAAGUUCCCAGGUUAAAAGCCGAAUAAAACUCGAACACCAUUUUUAAAUUUCUCUCCCCUCGCUAAUCUCAAAACUCCUGGCCUCCAACUUGAAGUCAUAACCAUAAAUUAAGCGUUCAUUUAUAUGCUAAACACUUUCCGUGUUGCUUUCAAAAGUGUGCUGCCUGCGUGUAAGUUUUCCUCUAAACUCUGAAAGCUUUCCUGUUUCGUCCUCGCUCUCUCUGUCUUCACCGUCUGCCGCUGGUUGCAAUAAUCGUAAAAGUUGAAUUGUUUCCCAGCCAUAUACACACACACUCCCGGGCGCAGCAUCAACGCUGUUGUUCUAGGAAACCAUCGGCAGUAUUCUCCCUGGGGCGUGGAAAGCCUGCCUAAUCCAUCUGUGAAACAACGCUGCAAGAGGAAGAAAAACAUUUAGUGAGAAGAAGGCAGCGCACACACAAAAAACGCCGGCAAGUGGUGUGUCGAUACUUUACAAAACCCAAACAAAAAAAGAAAAGUAAAGAAUAAAACAACGGCCUCAAAACAAAGCUUCACUGGAAGGGAAAGGAAAAUAAAAAGCUGCUGCUGCCCGCGAGAGCUUCCAAAAACAACAUCCCCGACUAACGUCGGGCGUAGGCGUGGGUGUGUGUGGUUGAGGUUUGGGUUUCGGUGUAUGUGUGUUUGAAGAUAGGUGCAGGAUAGGAAAAUGUGGCUGGAAAAGCUCGUGCUAGUGUAUCUGUUGACGCUGUUCAACUCGCUGGAUGGAUACUUUCUGGAUAAUAACUUGCAAAAUACUGGACGGCAUCGGAGAAAAGAGUCAAACGAGGCCAAAUCAUCGCACCGAAACGCACUGAGCUCGUCGCACCACCACGAGAGUCAAUUCAUCACCAAGAACAACAGUAGGGUAGUUAGUCAACGGGGGGGCCUCGCGGUGCUCCCCUGCAGCGUCACCAUGUCCACACCAGCCACUGUAUCGUGGUUCCGGCGGAAAGACUACCAGCUGCUGACGGUCGGCCUGUCCACGUACAGCAGCGACGACCGGUUCCUGGUGGAGCACACGCGCCACCUCGGCAACUGGGCGCUGCGGAUAAAGAACGCCCGCAAGGAGGACGAAGGACUGUACGAGUGCCAAAUUUCCACCCAUCCGCCGCAGUCGAUAUUCAUCGAGCUUAGAAUCGUAGAGGCAGCGGCAGAAAUUCUGGAAGCACCUGAUUUACAUAUAGACGAGGGUUCGACACUGCGGCUGGAAUGCAAACUGAAACGUGCCACCGAAAGUCCGCUGUAUGUCUUUUGGUACCACGAGGACCGAAUGGUGAACUACGACCAAGAGGACGGCAUUUCGGUGUCGACGAACAAGCUGACCUCGAGCGUACUGACGGUGAGGAACGCCACGGCCAGACACGGAGGCAACUACACGUGUGCCCCGGCCAACGCCAGACAAUCGAGUGUCUACGUACACGUGCUCAAAGGUGAAAAGCCAGCCGCAAUGCAACAUCCGAACAAGAGUCCAACGGCAGCAUCCGGCGCUGGCAGCAGUGGUGCCUCGGCCGCAGUCAUCAGUCGUCUAACGAGCCCCAGUCCGGCUGGCAGCUGCUGCUGCUACUGGCUGGCAACCCUGCUGCUGACCUAUUGGACGUACUACUGGUCUUCCCCCUGGAUCCGGUUCCCCCGGGUGCCGCAGCUGCUCUCCUCCUCGAAGGUGGUGCCGCCGCCGACGACGACGACGAUGUCCUCCUGUCCCGUUGCGGCAGUUCUGCGACGGACGACGAUGACGAUCUCCAACUCCAACAGGCCCUGGACGGCGACAUUUUGUAUACUAUUAGUGCUGGUAAUCGUAAAGACUAUAUUCAGCAAAAGUAUUAAGUUGUUUGAUGCGGUCUAAAAGGGCUGGGUUGAGGGGCAAAGAGAGAGGGUUUCGACUGAGGAAGGGACGUUUGAGUGUGUGUGCGUGUGUGGCAGUUUCUGUAUGUGUGAAAAAGGAGGCUCUUCUGCAGCCCGCAAAUGAUAGCUCACAGGUCAAAGGCACUUCGUUUCUAGCGACAAGUAACUAUAAAUAUUUUGUACAGGUUUUCUAGCAUUAAAACGUUGUAGAGUGCAGCAGCAGAGUUCAUAAGUGAGCAAAAGAGAAAUUGUGAUGCAGCAUGUCAGACUGGUGUGUGAAAUACUCGAUUUAGGGAAGCUUAGGACUACGCUGAAGAGACGGACGAUUCUAAGACAGGACACACUGGAUACGAAAAUUGUAGAGAAUGAAGCUGUUGCGGCGGUAGGGUCUUGUUUCCAAAAGGGAGUCCCAGGGCGUCAUGGUUUUAAACUGAGGUUUUAGUUUCUCUUUGAAUUCUAGCAGCUUUUUGAUCUCGUUCUUAAAUGGAUCAAAUUGUACGUUCCAGUUAAAGCCAACAGUCUGUGUAUAUUGUGGUUAUACGGACAAUAAUCUGGGAAUUUUAUUAUUUUACUAUGUGGUUCUGUUGGUUUCUGGUUGCAGCUUGAAUUCCUGCUCAAGCUAUUUCAAGUAAACGGAAAUUGAUCAUAUCUUGAUUCAACCUGCUGGUAAAAUUGCGGUAGCAAAUUUGCAGGAAUUUAAAUAUUGUCACAAUAAACAAAUUAAAACACCAUAUCUCUUCUAUAAUGUGGUCUAGACGAUUUUCAGCAGAAUCUAAACUUGUAUUUUUUCCCUUCUCAAGUGCUCUCAGAUGGCGAAGAAUCGAAAUCUAACCCUUUUCACCUCGCAUUUCCAACGAUUCCCGGAAAGCUCUAAUUUCCUAAAGAUAUUUUCCCGCAAACCUUCAUCAAAUCCUUCUGGCUCGAUGAAUGGUUUGGCUGGCCGGUCGGAAACGAAAACCUCUUCAAACAACAAUCGAACAGCUCGAGCACGGCUCUCGACGAUUCGCCGGUGGUCGAUUCCGAUGCAAAUCAAACACUUUGAGAGCCAUCAAGCGGCAAAGUUUACGCGCGCUCAUUUCCGAACUUCUUCAAUCUUUCUUGCCUGCGUUGGUUGGGGCCACGUGGAAAGUCCCGGGCCUGGCUGCUAUCGCUCAAUCAAGUAUUGAUUAAACAAAUAGAAAGUACCGCCGGGUCGAGAAACUUGCCUUUUGCGAGAAUAGUUUCGUCGGAGAAAUGGGGCUUUGGUCAGCACACAGAAUCAAACCGAGCCAAAUUGACUUUUUUUUAAAGUUUGCACUAGUUUUUGAACAAACACUUGGUAGAGCAAAAAAAAACCGUUUGCCUCCCGAAAGACGAAAGCUGCUCGACACAGAUAAGAAGGGAAAAUCAUGAAUAAAACACAUUCAUCUAUUUUGUCAUUUUGCAUAACUGAUGAAAACUUGAAAUGUUGGGUGGUGGUGGUGGUGGGGAUGUCCAGGAAAUGUUGCUAAAAGAUGAGCAUCACGUUCUGGCAGGAAGGCACUCGAAGGGAGACUCGACGCCAGCCAACAGGGCAAACAUUGUGUAACGAUAACGGGUCCAAAGGAAGCAACAAAAAGCAGAUGCUUAUCUUUGCUGUAGAGUUUCGUUCCUUUUUUGUGUCAGUAUAUUUCAUCCUGUGGGCCGCAGAGUUUCCUGCUUCCUGUCACCAUUUAUCGUCUGCAACAUUUAUGAAGAGAAGUUUGCUAGUGAUUGAGGAACGGAUAUUUGCAAUUUUAAAUUUAAUUCAAAACUGUCUCCCCGGAAGGGAUUCACUUAUGAUGGAUGCAAAUUCAUAGUGUUGGAAUAAUAUAACAUAAAAAGUUCUACUAUUUUUGCAGUUUUUGAUUGUGUUUAUGUUUCAGACUUGAAUAAAACUGAAAUUGUUUUCUAAGUUGACUUCAGAAUUUAAGCCAUAAUUCUGUCGUUUUGAGAAAAUAUAGUAGAGUUUAAA